ACGUCAGGGGUCCAGAGGAGAAGCUUCGGAGGCAGCGAGCGGAGCCGGAGCGGCAAUUGGGGCGCGGGCGGGCGCAGGAAGCGGAGCGGGGCCUGGAGCCUGAGGAGGGCGAAGCGGCGGCGGCGGCUGCAGCGAGAGGAGCGCGGGGAGGGGGCCAGGAAGAGCCGGCUCGUGAAGGGAGGGGCCGCGGCCGCGAGGGGGAGGCCUCCGCGCAGGCGCAGAGCGGGGCUCGGACCCCCUUCCACCCCCCCCUCCCCCAGCGCAGAGGGGUCCUGACAGGACAAGGGAGGCAGCUCGAGACUCCGCCCGGGAGGGGCCGCCGGCCGGGGGGGCACCAUGUCCUCCCCCAGCCCGGGCAAGAGGCGGAUGGACACCGACGUGGUCAAGCUUAUCGAGAGCAAACACGAAGUCACAAUCCUAGGUGGACUCAACGAAUUCGUAGUGAAGUUCUAUGGACCACAAGGAACACCGUAUGAAGGUGGAGUGUGGAAAGUUAGAGUGGACCUUCCCGACAAAUACCCCUUCAAAUCACCAUCUAUAGGAUUCAUGAAUAAAAUUUUCCAUCCCAACAUCGAUGAAGCGUCGGGAACUGUAUGUCUAGAUGUAAUUAACCAGACUUGGACAGCUCUCUAUGAUCUCACCAAUAUAUUUGAGUCGUUCCUGCCCCAGUUGCUGGCUUAUCCUAACCCCAUAGACCCCCUUAAUGGUGACGCGGCAGCCAUGUACCUUCACCGACCAGAAGAAUACAAACAGAAAAUUAAAGAAUACAUUCAGAAAUAUGCAACAGAGGAAGCCCUCAAAGAGCAGGAAGAAGGCACCGGAGACAGCUCUUCGGAGAGUUCCAUGUCUGACUUUUCAGAAGACGAGGCCCAGGAUAUGGAAUUGUAGUAAACGAGGCACCCUGCUUUUCAGAGAGACGAUGACUUCCUUUAACCACGCGCUGAGAAGCAGACAAUAAUAUUCAUAUUUAAACAAAGCAAUUUUUUAUUACUAAACAAGGUUUUUAUGAAUAAUAGCAUUGAGAUAUAUAUACAUAUAUAUAUAUCACCCUUUAGAUCUUGAUUUCUCGGUCAUUUCUCAGAAACCCGAAUGUGCACCAUCGCGCAUCUCCCACAUUCCACUUCAGUAGGUGUAAACGCAACCCCGAUGCAUGCCCCCCCACCCACGGGUUCCAUUUUCAGCUAAACCGGCUCGUGGGCUGCUGAACUCGUCGGCCUGAAGUUGCUUUGCUAGGGACGGUCUCGAGGUUCCCCUUUUGCCUUUUGGGGGGUGGGGUGGGGUUUGGAAGCAUCGUUAAAAUUAGUGGUUCCCAAGACAGCAAGCACCCUCGGAUGCAAAAACGGAAGAGCUUUUUCAGAACGGAAAGAGAGAAAACAUAUUCUAGAGAGAUUAGGCAGUGAAGACAGAGAUGCUAAUUUCCGGUCAGCGUGGUUGCUCAUACUUUGAAUGGAGCUGCUUUUUAAAAAAAAGAAACAACCACCACCCCAAAAUCCACAGAGUUCUUCAAAGAAUUGUUUUUACAAACCAGCUUGGAUUUUCAAUACAUUUUUGCAUGGACUUCCUGCCUGCCUCCAAGGCCUGUUGUGAUUGGUCUGGCUUGCUUGGGGAACCUUUACAUCCCUGCAUCGAGACCACAAAGUCACCCUAUUGGUCUGGAUUUGGAUAUUCCGUUUUUGUUUUUGUUUUCGGAGGGACAUCAAGCAAAUGCUGUCCACGGCUGCCUCGGUUUGCUUGGGAGUACAUCAUGUCCGGCCCGUUUUUGGUCCCGGUUUUGAAAAAUGCCAACAGUUGUGUUCAAAAGAAAAAGGAAGUUUCUCUCCUCGAUGUCUUUGCUUUGCAAGGCACCUCCUGCCGGAGAGGUUGUUCUGAAGAGUUUGGAGCCCGUGGCCAGUGCAGCCGGCUCCUUGGGCUGCCAAUCACAUCUCCAUUGGCGCUCGUGUUCCGCGGCAGCUGCAAGUUGGUCCAACGCACCAGUCAGUCGAGGGAAAUCUUAUUGCAGAGGGGGCAGAGGUGAUGUUUAUCUUGAUAGGAAGUUGCUAAUGUGUGCUUUCAAAGAUGCUUCAGAUUGGAAUAGUUUUUAUUCUGCUGUCUUUUGAACACGUGGAGGUGUCUCUUCUCUCUUCAGCCCCCCUCCCCCCAAAUUUAACGAUCAGAACGCCUCUCGUCAGAAACGCCUUCCUGAGAUGGUUGAUGAUAACUUGAAUGUGGCCAGAGCGCCCGGCGAGAGGGACCGGAUUUCCAACCUGGAUUGUCGUUUCUCUUCUUUUGAUGAAGGUUUUUGGGUAGCGGGGGGGCGUUGGGGAGGAGGAGGAAACUCUGGGGGUAGGACAGGGUGUGGAAUUUCAUUGGGGGUCUCUUGAACGGAACACAGAAUGUUAAGCUACGCUCGAUAAAUAAAUCCUCACCUUUCUGUUGUCCUCUUUGAACACCUUGAGGCGGUGCGGGGGGGGGGGGGGGGCGAGAGGAUACAGUCCUAAAGCAUAAUCAGUUUGCUUUUUUCCUCCCCUCUUCCUUUUGGAAACAUUUUUAUGUAAAGUAGACUUUUCCUUUGGCAUGAUUAUUUUCCUUUAAUAAAGCAAAAAGCAAACCAAGAAUUGGAAUUACAGGCAUGAAGCUCAAAAAACGAAAAUGAAGUUCUUUUCUUUCUUUCGGACUAAAAAGGGGCGGUGGUUUACUGAUGAGCUGAACUUCUCUGCUCAAGCCGGCAGGGCUUGUCAGAGAGUUGAGCAUCAACUAUGGAACAGGUAAGGGUGUACCCUGACUCUCACCUUAGCCAGUGGGGUGGGGGGUGAGGGUGAGAACGCAGCGUCCGUUCACACUCUGCUUGGGACGAUGAUUCUUAGGAGCCGUUCGGGGAUAGACUUAAGUUCUUGGGUGUCAGCAGCAAUGGAGGAACCAGCUCAAAUGACAGUAAAAAAUUUUUUCAGUACUGUAUAUAAAAAUGUUAGCAUUCUAAUUCCUUUCUCUUCAUUCAGGUAACUUAAAAAAAAAUUUCUAAUCCUAACCCAUGAUCGGACGUCAAACGAUUCUUGACGGUCGUUUUCCCCCUCUUUCCUAAACAAAAACAAUCUUGGAUUUAAGCUUCCGAAAGAAACGUGUGGUGGAGACACAAACAUCGAUUAAGAGAUUCACCCCCCCUCCCCCAAAGCGAUGUUGACUCAUCUCCUCUCUCUGCAUCCCUGGCCUAUAAAAGCUGGAUCCGUUGCUUCCCAUCUGAACUGUUGGUCUAACUCAGGGGUGUCCAACUCUGGCGCUUCAGAUGUUCAUGGACUAUAAUUCCCAUCAGCCCUUGCUGGCAUGGCAUGCCAGCAGGGGCUGAUGGGAAUUGUAGUCCAUGAACAUCUGAAGCGCCAGAGUCGGACACCCCUGGUCUAACUGCUUGGGGGAGACCGUGGCAGGCCUCGAUGCGACCCAGUGGCAGCAUCUCUGUUGGCUGGAGCUCGAGUUUCACACUCAGCCCUAGCAGCUUGUUUGGCUACAAAGAUCCCUCCAUUUUUGGACCGAACUUCAGAGCGGUCCCAGCAGGCCCACGAUGCUCAGACAGCACCCACAAUCUCAUGGGGGUUCUCUCCCUGCAAGAAGACCCUUUGUGCUGUGUGAGAAAUCUUGGAGACGUUCCCGUGAGAGCAGAAUUGCUUGUCUCUUUCCCCAUCCUCUAGUGUGCCCCCGAUCAGAUCUUGGAAACAGUUUCUGCCUCCCCCGCCCCUGACACACGCACACUUUGUGCAUGCUCAAAUUUCCACUGUUUGACCGUUUGGUGUACCUCCCAUCCCACGUGGACAAACUAGGCACUUACCCCCACCACUUAGCUAAAAAACAACCGGCCUACUACUGGUUGUUUUGAACCGCUGGUUUUCAUUUCAAAGCUGCCACCUGCUCAGGUGACCCUGGGAUCUUCAAAGUCCCUCCUCCAAAAUGGCUUCUGACCCCCCCCCCCAUCACCCCCAACCCAAGGCAUGGGUGUGGAGUUCGAUCUUUUCCCGUUCCCGCGUGAUGCGUGCUUCCAUCCAUACAAAUUAAGAUCAGCCACCUAUUUUUAAAAUCUCACCCCCCCCUUUGGACAGGAGAAGUUGGAUCUUGGGGGCAGUGGAGUGAGGAAUUCUGACUCUCGGAUAUUUCUUUAGCUGGGUCGGCUCUCUUUGCCAGCCUCUUCAGUCGCCAACGAAGCACACAAUAGAUGUUUAUUCCGCUUUUCCCCACCUGCUGCCCUUCAAGCUGUCCUUCUGUUAGCUCUUCCUCAUUGCGGCCUAAAGUCUUUAAAUUACAAAGAGAGCGGGCGCGCAAAUCAAAGGUCGUCUGUGAAUCUUUGGUUGGGCAAACUGGUGACCGCCAACAGACUGCAAACACAAUAGUCCACGAGAGCUUCACUUCCCACAACUGCAGGCAUCGGGCUACAUAAGUGUGUGGUGGCCAGCAAGGCGUCCGUGGCUACUCAAGCAAAAAUCCUCUUCCACCUUGUAGGUCUCUUGACGCUCUUUGCACAUCUCUCACUGAACGGCGGGGAUUCUCAUGCAGCGAAAGACGGGGGAAAUCUUUCAGCCCCUAACUGGAGUGGAUUCGAAUGGGGAGCGUGGACCUGGGAGUGUCCGCGGAUGACACUGUAUCCCUGCCCGUGGGCCCCCCCUGGGACACGGGCAGCGGAUCUGGGGACUUCUGGUUUUAUAAAUAAAUAAAUAUAUAUAUAUAUAAAUAUCUCUAUAUAUUUUCUUUUUUGCUUCCCUCUUGCUCGUCUUGAGUGGUGCUGGCACUUGGAGCAGGGCGUCUGUGCCGCAUGAGAAAUGGCCAUUUAUUUUACUGACUGUAUUUGGUACAUAUUGUGUGAAUACUAGAAAAGAUUUUUAAAAAGGGGGGGCGGGGGGGGGCGCCCGGCCCUUCCAUUUGAGUCUGAGCUUUCCCCCCUCCUCCUCUUUCCUCCUCCCCCCUCUCCUCCCCUCCCCUUUGCAUUGUGAUGAUGUAGUGGGCAUGCCCGAAGCCACGGCCGCUGCCUCUUCUAAGAAUUAUAAUAACCUCUCAAAAUAGUUGUGUAUAAUUAAAGAAACUGUAAACUUUUUUAAAAAAUAAAAUAUGUAUAUACCUUG